AUGGUUGCAGAAUAUUUGACCAUCCGGAAUCUCACCCCAAACCCAAUUGAACUGAAGCAUGUGGAACGCUUCGCGCCCCCAGAUGUCCCCAAACCAGACAUCAAGAACAUCACCAAAUCCUUUGCGACAUUGAUGAACAAUAUAACAAGAUCAGCCAAUGAAGUGGACGCGAUCGCCCAUGGCUCAGAGGCCGUCUCUAAAGAGGAUGUCUCCGUUCGCGUAGAGCCUUUCACCGCAGUAAAGACAGAAAUUCGCGCCUACAAGAACUCCGAGAAAGAACGGUUGAAAUUGACCGUCGAAGUGGAAGGAGAGCGUCACCAGGUUCAAACGCCGGUGCCCACUAGCGAUUCGGCAACGAUGAAAGCACUCAAGGACAAACCACGCUUUCGACUGACAGUCAUCUACAUCACUCCUGAGUCGCACCUGACGAUAUUUUCGUCUGCAAAUCUCAAUUCAUGGAUGAAGGAGCUCAAGGACGAGACGCUGCUGUCUGCGCUGUCGAUCCCAGGCACGCAUAAUUCCCCAACCUGCCAUGUCGCCCCACCCUCUGUGAGGUGCCAGGCCGUCAGUCCACGAGAGCAGCUGGAAAGCGGCGUCCGAUUCUUUGAUAUCCGCGUUCAGCCUCAAUAUCCAGACGACCCAAGCAAAGAUAACCUUGUUCUUGUGCACAGCGUAUUUCCAAUCUCUCUCACUGGCAAUAAGUAUUUCCGCGACCUCGUCAACGAGAUCGAAGGGUUUCUCCAACGCAACCCAUCAGAAACGCUAAUCAUGUCCGUCAAACGUGAAGGACCGGGAAAGCACACAGACGCUCAGCUCAGCAAGAUUCUACACGACCACUAUGCGCGGGAUCCACAUAAAUGGUAUACCGAGCCCAAGGUCCCUAGGCUUGAGGUAGCACGAGGCAAAAUCGUGUUAAUCCGCCGUUUCGGGUUGGAUGACAGUCUCAAAAAACAAUGGAAUGGACGCGGUUGGGGAAUCGAUGCCACUGGCUGGGCGGACAACACUCCUCAUGCUAACUGUCCUAGCGGCCACGUCUGUAUUCAAGACUUUUACGAGGUCCUCGAAACCGAAAACAUCGAUAAGAAGAUCGAGUACGUUACCGCGCAGCUUGCCAGAUCCGCCGCCCUGUGCUAUCCCCUCGGAGGAGGCGAUGACGAAAAGGACCGAUCCCCGUUCUAUGUGAAUUUCCUCAGCGCGAGUAAUUUCUGGAAAGUACAGACAUGGCCGGAAAAGAUCGCUGCGAAAUUGAAUCCGGCCACGGUGGACUAUAUAUGUCGAAAACACAGUCAUGAUAAGGACGGAGAUUGGUCUACGGGGAUAUUGGUGUGUGACUGGGUUGGAUUGGAUGGCGAUUGGGAUUUGGUGAGGUGCAUUGUGGGAAUGAAUACAAGGCUGAUGAUGAAACAGAGAUAA